GUGGAACGCUUUUACUUUCGGCAGCGGUUGGAAGCAAUUGUGUGUCUGUUCAAUAGAAUCGCUGGGGAUAUUUUUGUUACUUUUAAAGAAUCUUUUUUAUUAUGACAAAAACAGUCGAAAGAUCCACAGACUUUACAGGUUUGCAUGCAGCAUUUUCCAAAUCUUUGACGGAAGCCUUCGAGAAAAACGAUGUCCAGGUAUUAAGAAAAGCUUACGACAGCUAUGCAAACAACUCGGAUCAUGACAAAAAAUCACCAAUGGACCAGGCUUUUCGAGAGAUAUUGAUGUUUAAUCUCAGCGAUAAUGUGGAUUCCAUAGGCAAGUUAGUGAAGUUGUCGGUGCAGGCGGUGAGAGCGGAAAUCGUGUCAGUCACUAUACCGGUAGUGCUGUUGGGCGAUAUCUUUGAGACUGAAACAUUGGACAAAUGUGAAAAGAUUUUCAAUUAUGUCGAGGAUAUGGUUGAGGUUUGGAAGGAAGAGAUUUUCUUCUCUUCCUGUAAAAAUAACAUAUUACGAAUGUGUAAUGACUUGUUGCGGCGUCUUAGUCGGGCCCAGAACACAGUAUUCUGUGGUCGCAUUCUUCUAUUCCUUUCCAAAUUCUUUCCCUUUUCGGAGAGAUCAGGACUUAACAUAGUGUCGGAAUUCAAUUUGGAGAAUGUUACCGACUAUGGAGUCGAUGGCAAGGACCUGGAUGAUACAUUGGAGGACAUUGAAGAUAUACCCAUCAAAAUAGAUUACAAUUUAUAUUGUAAAUUUUGGUCACUGCAGGACUUUUUCCGGAAUCCAAAUCAAUGUUAUAGUAAGGCCUCGUGGAAAAUGUUUCAGACUCAUGCCACCACAGUAUUGGAGUCAUUUUCCAGCUUCAAAUUGGAGGAUUUGCGUUCAGCAUCUGCUCAACUGGAGGAUAACAAUGAUGACUUAAACGAUAAAAUGGAUUUGGAUAUUAGCUUUACCAUGGAUUUCAAAAAUGAAAUAGAUCAGUCGGUUCAAAAGGUAGACCAUUUCUUUGCAAAAUUCCUAACAAAUCCGAAACUACUGGCUUUACAACUAUCCGAUGCCAAUUUUCGGAGAGCAGUUUUGGUGCAGUUCCUUAUACUUUUCCAGUAUUUACAACUGACUGUCAAAUUCAAAGCUGAGUCGAAUACCUUGACCCCAGCUCAGUCAGAUUUUAUUAAGGAAACCGAAGCAAAAGUCUAUCAGUUGCUGGAAGAAACGCCCCCAAAUGGCAAACGUUUCUCUCGUACAGUAAAACACAUGCUACAACGUGAAGAAAUGUGGAACAAUUGGAAAAAUGAUGGAUGCAAAGAGUUUAAAAAGCCUGAGGAGAAUAUCUCAGAUGAUAAACCCCCGCCGGCUAAGCGCGAACGUAAAACAUUGGGUGAUUGCCUUAAAGAUGCCAACAGACAAGGAAAAUUCUUCUUGGGCAACGAUGUUCUUACACGUCUCUGGAACUAUUCUCCGGAUAAUUUGCAGGCUUGUAAAAGCGAAGAGCGUAACUUUCUACCACAGGUCGAAACUUAUUUGGAAAGUUUUCGCGACAAAAGCGAUACGUCUUUCGAAUGGCGUGCUUUGCGUCUGCUGGCGCGUCAAUCGCCACAUUUCUUUACUUUUAUCAAUUCACCAUCAUAUAAAAUAUCAGAUUACUUAGAUGCCGUACGAAAACGAUUGGCUAAGGACCGUUUGGAUGCAUUAAAGCAAGCCGCAAUAAAUUCGAAUGGCACAAAUGCAGAGAGCACUACAUCUUCGGGUGAAAUCCAGGAAAAUCUACAAGAACAGGAAGCCGAACAUGAAGUCAACGACGAAGGUGUCCUUGAGGAUGAAGAGGAAACAAAUGAUUUGGAAAAGGGUGAGGAGGAUAAUAAUGCUCACACAAAACCACUGACAGCUUCCCGAGAACAAAUUGAGGAGUUGGCCCCUUUGAUUGGUGAUGACUGGAAGAAAUUGGGCAAGAAGCUGGGCUAUGCUGCAGAUGAGUUGUUGUACUUUGAAACAGAAAAUGCCGAUCGUGAUGGCGGCUGUGUAGCAAUGUUGGUAAACUGGUUCGCCGAUGAUGACGAUGCCAGUCUUGACAAUCUGGCCUAUACAAUGGAGGGCUUAGAAAUCAAUACUGCUGCCAAAGCGGUCAAAGCUUUAAUAGAUCGUUUGGCCGCAAAGAGCGCUCAAAAGGAUACUGAAAGUGAGGAGAGAAUGGAAACCGCUGAAUAAAAACAAAAAUACAAACUUUUCAAAUGUCUAUUGGUUUAUUAUUUUUAAAUUCAACUCUUUUUCUUUCAUUAUAUUCGAUUAAUAAGAACUAAACAAAAAAUAA